AUGUCGAACGCGAGCGAGCGCACUCGCCUCAUUGCUCCCUCGCAGCAAGCCACACCCUGCCCCUCCCUCCAUGACACCAUCGUGACUGAUGAGGAAGCGCGACAAGCUUCGUUGGCUGCUCGCAUCGAGGCUGUCAAAGAGGCUGUGCCCAAGUCUCAGCUAUACACCUCGCUCGUCUGCCUCUUUUCAGCCUUGACGCUGGUCGGUCUGGACGCUACGCUGGUGACCACGCUCGGCGGCUACAUCUCAAGCAGCUUCGAUGCUGCAGAGUAUUUGCCAUGGAUCGGCUUGAGCUACAUACUGUGCGUACAGCCGCAGCCGCGCAAAGGCAAAGGCAGCUAG